UACGAUGUGCACGGUUCGAUGCAAAAGAUAAGCAGGUUGUAAACCCAAGUCAAGUCGUGGCUAUAUGUUGGAUAUGGAGCGCUAGAGAGACCGUUGCAAAAAUGUGUCAAGUUGUAAAAAUCGAAAACAUAACUUAUGGCUGCCUCUAGCGACUGCCAUGCAUGACCUUUGGCCAAAGAAAACACAAUAACAGGGCAGAGCUAACAACAACAAAGACUUGGAGAAAAGAAUUGCUAACCGGAAACGGAAGCGUGCGUAAACAUUCUUUAAUUAUGUCCUGUCGCUGUUAGCAAAUGAAGUUGCGGCAUGCAAUGCCCGGGAAAAUGGAUGGGAAUCGGAGGAAUUAUGACAUCAACAUGGGCGACCAGCAGGCGACGACGUCACCAUCAUCGCCAUUGUCCAGACAGACCCCGACUUGCCCAAUGUGUCCUUGUCACGCAGCAGUCGAAACGAAUUGGACUAGCUCUGAUUUCAGUUGGUUUUUUUUUGGCACUCCGAUUUACAUUUUCCGCCAUCCACCACGAGACGGCAACAGGCUGCACUUUGGUGGCCGACAGCCAAAGUUUCUGGAGCCAGGAUUAACCCUGGAAAUGGACGCCCCGAAAGGCCAUGUGGGGGUACCCAAGAUGUUAUUACUGUCAGAAUCAGGAGCCACUCGAGCGACGACGUUGACGUCGACGUCGACUACGACGCACCCACGCAAUAUACACCAGGAGGGAAGAAGGACGAAGGACGCAGGACGCAGGACCCCCGAGACGACAGUAGUCGUUGCCUGUGAAGCCUUCGUUUGGUACAUUCGUGUCCCAAAACGAUGACGUCGCCCUCGUCGUACC